AAAAAACAUAACAAAAUGAUUCUGCUUGGAUACUUCAGUUAAAAAUUGAUCACUACUAUACACUAAUACUGAUUUUGAAUCACUGUCAUGAGCUAAACAUCUCACAACACUAAAUGCAACAAAUAUAAAACUGAGCUUCCACAUGAUAAUGUGAACACACCCACAGCCGGCAAUCUGGACGAAUGACGGCUGCCCACGACCCGGAUCAGGCUUCACUGCGAGCGAUAUAAACUCUCAACUUUCACUCGCCGGUUUUGUGAUAUAGGAGGGUGAUAACAAGGCUCGUCGUACCAUGAUGUACAAUCCACACAUAUUGCUAUCCAUUAUUAUAUUUACACGAAUAAAAUAUUAUGCAAUUUCACGUUUGUGGCAAUUCACGGCGCAGAUGUCACAACUUUCAAAUAAUUUCUAAUUAAAAUAAUACUUAAUUCAUAUCGAUUAUUUGUAUACCUUUCACUUCUCACUUUUGUUUAAAAUUAUAAACGUGAUUAGUACAUAUAAUUCAUUUAUAACCAAAACAAUGACAAUAAGUUUUUUUCUCGGGUAUCGAAGAGCAAAUUCUACUAUCUUCUGGAAACCGACUGCCAGCAUGCAUGCACGCACCCACGGACACGCAUCCACCAGUGUAAACAUAGUAAACAGACGCGAGGUCGCAUAGGGUUGACGUUGGCGUUGGGCAGUAAUGGCAGCGAACAGCAUUAGCACCGGCGAGAGAUUAUUGUCUCUGAUUGAUGACAUAGAACUCAUUGCUAAAGAAUUAAUAGAAAAUACGAUCGCACCAAAGCACCAAAAACUGUCAAGUGCAGAACAUGCUCAAAUCACAGAAUUGUUGGUAAUGAAGGACAAUGAACUCAAGGAAACUCUAAAACUAGCUGAUGAACAAGCAAAAGUUAAUCAAAAAAUGGAUGCUCUGAAGGGUGAAGUUGACAGACAAGACCAAUACAUCCAGCAACUACAGAGGCAGUUAAAAGAAGCUGAACAAAUCUUGGCUACAGCUAUUUACCAAGCUAAGCAGAAGCUUCAAUCAAUUGCUAGAGCAAACAAACGACCUGUUUGUUCUGAGGAUUUAAUCAAGUUUGCCCAUCGAAUCAGUGCUUCAAAUGCUGUCUGUGCCCCUCUUACUUGGCAGCAGGGAGAUCCCCGAAGACCAUAUCCCACUGAUAUCGAAAUGAGAUGUGGUCUUCUGGGACGACUGAGUGAUCUUCCUAUUAAUGGACAUCUCUUGUCUUCCAAUAGUUUGAGUGAAUUACACAGAGCAGGUCAUGCUCCAGGUGCAGAACCUCCUGCGUCUCAACAAAAUCAGUUUGCGUGGCAUCCAUCAGGGGAGAUUCACAUGACUGUAGGGAAUCAAGUGGGUAGUGUUGCAAUGGACACUCGCAACCAUAACAAGGAAGCAGAAGAUGUAGAAGUCAUGUCAACUGAUUCCAGUAGUAGUUCUUCAAGUGACUCACAGUGAAGGCGGCAAAUGUACACCUAAUUUGCAUGGUGUAAUGUACUUUCGUAUGUUGUAGAAAUGAAUGCACUGAAGUAUUUAUUCCAAAACUAAUUGAAUUAGUGUGCAGUACAUAAUCAGAUGUACUGUGGAACUGUAUUUAAAUAAUAAUUUUGUUUGAAGUACUGCAUUGGGAAGAAUCCCUUUCUAAACAUUGCAGUAUUUGGUAGAAUUCUGGAACAAUAAUAAAUUCAAGAACAAGGUAGUGGUACUGCCAGAAAUAAUAGUAUUAAGUUGUUUUGUAAUAAGCUGGACGUAGUUUCCUUAAAUGUCAUCAACUCAGAAUUAAUGUGCUUACAUGAAUUCACGUGAUUUUGUAUUAUUCCUUCCCUUUCUGAGAUAUUUGGUGUCUGUUAUUAUUUUAAAUGUUUGCUUUGUUAAACUUGUAAAAUGUAUGUUGUUUUGAGAUUAUUUUGUAAAUAAGUCUGAAUUGUCAGUACAAACAUUAGAGAAUAAUUAAUAAUAUAAUAAGUGACAUUCUUUAUGGAAAAAAAAAAAAGAGAAUCAAAGUUCUUUGUUCAAUUUUUUUUUUACAACUGUAACUAAUGUACUUUUUUAGAUUAAUAGAUGUUAAUGAACAUGCUAAACUAUUUCUAAUAACACUAGAUUAUAAAAUCAGCUUUUAUUGUCUGUUCAAUAUUGGAAAGUCAUAUUUGUUCUUUUGUCACUGCAGUUUUAAUUUCCUAUCUACAUGGUAAUUCUGCCAAUGAGUAAAAGAUAUCCACAGUAAUUUUUGUACAUUUUACAAGAAAAAUAUAAAAUCAUUGUUUGUUUAUCAGUAUCUCUC